ACACCCACACGCCCUCCUAUUUUCUUCCACAAAGUUAAAAAAGCUGCAGUUGGGAGGGACCCUCCGAUAGCUUUGGUGGCCCAUUCUGUUCCUGCUGGAGCUGACAUAUGAAUGUGUUGGAGGAGGGGGGGAAAAUCAUCAUAUAUUCUCCUUUCAUACUGUUUAAAGCAUUGGAAGAAUCAGCUUUAAGAAAAAGAUUAAACCAAAAUGACAACUGCUCAAUUUGAUUGUCAAUACUGCACAGCAUCACUUCUUGGGAAGAAGUAUGUACUAAAGGAUGACAAUCCAUACUGUGUUUCAUGUUAUGACCGUGUAUUUUCUAACUAUUGUGAGGAGUGCAAAGAACCAAUUGAAUCAGAUUCCAAGGAUCUUUGUUACAAAGGCCGUCACUGGCAUGAAGGAUGCUUCAACUGUGCCAAAUGCAAUCACUCUUUGGUAGAAAAGCCUUUUGUUGCCAAGGAUGAGCGCCUGCUGUGCUCGGAGUGCUAUUCUAACGAGUGCUCCUCCAAGUGCUUCCACUGCAAGAAGACCAUCAUGCCUGGUUCCCGCAAAAUGGAAUUUAAGGGGAACUACUGGCAUGAAACCUGCUUUUUGUGUGAGCACUGCCGACAGCCGAUAGGAACAAAACCUUUGAUUUCCAAAGAGAGUGGCAACUAUUGUGUGCCUUGUUUUGAGAGGAAGUUUGCUCACUACUGCAGCUUUUGUAAGAAGGUGAUCACUUCAGGUGGGAUAACGUUUCGUGACCAGCCGUGGCAUAAAGAGUGUUUUCUGUGUAGCGGCUGUCGGAAGGAGCUCUGUGAAGAAGAGUUUAUGUCCAAAGAUGACUAUCCAUUCUGCCUGGACUGCUACAACCAUCUUUAUGCCAAAAAGUGUGCCGCCUGCACCAGACCCAUUACUGGUCUCAGAGGUGCCAAGUUUAUCUGCUUUCAAGACCGCCAGUGGCACAGCGAAUGCUUUAACUGUGGCAAGUGCUCAGUCUCUUUGGUGGGGGAAGGCUUCCUGACCCAGAACAAGGAAAUCUUCUGCCGCAAAUGUGGCUCUGGGGUAGACACUGACAUCUAGAAGGAGACAGUCCUUCCCCAACUGAAAUCCACCUUGCUUUUGUUCUCACUAAAUCCAGGACUUGAUUGGCGUUGUCUUUCUGACUUAAUUUUUAGAAAAAAAUUAAUGUAGAGUUUAUAGUGAGAGAGUUUUUGCACACAUUCUGAUUGAACUAUAAGAGUUCAAAAAAAGCACAGCCUAACAGAAAUAUGAAUAUAUACUAAAUCACAUAGGCACCUUUCCUUGCAAUAUACUGCACUCUGCUGUUAGAAAUUUAGGAAAAUAUUUUUUAUUGUAAUCGAGUGUAUGACCUAUACCUAGGAGUCAGGGAUGUUAAUACUGAAGACUGAUGUUUCUCAAAACUGCAGAGUAAAAAGGAAAUGAAGAGAUCAAAUUGAAAGUCAUACGUGAGAUUAAUAUUUGCAUUCCUAACUAGCUAAUUGUAGCUAUUUGCUAUGAAUUGUAGAAGAACAAAACUAAUCAGGGGAACUGAUUCGUAAUCAUCACAUUUAAGUACUCUGUCAUUUUAUCAUUCUUUUAUUGUUCACACACACUGACUUUGGAGUUGCAAAACAAAGCUGCCAUUUGCCCUCAUCCACCCGGCUUCCACAGCUGGUUGGUUACCAUAUUUAAUCAAUGGAAUCUGAGAAUUCUGGACACUAUGACUCUCAUUCUCUGCAUAGAUAUAAAAGAGUCCUUUUUACCUAGGGAUGGUCAAAGCAUAGGUUUCAACACAUUUUAAUAUUAAAUGCAUCUUCAAAGCCCACAAUGCUUUUUUUUUUCAUAAAUACUUACAGAUUCUGUGAAAGAAAAGUCUAUUCUUUCAAAGGAGCUAACCAGGGUAAUCAUUGUCCCCAAAGGCAAACCUUUAAAGUAAAUAGAUCAUUAAAUCAUCACUUGUGGAAAUGAGUUUUAGGGAAGGGACUGAGUGUUGGAACAUGACUUUCAUCCAGAUAACUAAAGGCAUAACAGAAUGCAUAAUUAGCUCUGAGCCUCAUGCAUUCUGCCUUCCAAAAUUACAAAGAUGAUUAAUGGGAAGACAUAAAAGUGGGCUUUAAAGAAAUCUGGUAAUAAUAAGAACUGAAAAAGAAUAAUUAAUUGCUGAUAAUUCAAGACCCGCAAAGCAGCACAAUACAGCAAUAAAGUCUGUAGAUGAGCCCCUGCCAAUGUUCCUCCACAACCGUGCCGCCUGCCACACCCGUGCCAGCCACCAUGCCCGCGACAACCCUGUCCCAGAGCUUCAGUCCUUGCAUGACUGUGAGGGGUACACUCAGCCCUCAGUUGCCAGCUUACAAACAAGUCACAACAAGUGUUUAUUGGUCACAGCCUUAAUGAAAAGCCCGUCACCAUGUGUUUAUACCAGACAUCUAUUGAUGAUGACCCUACCUGGCUGCCCCUGGACAAUAUUUUCCACAUUAUGUGGAAUAAAUGGAAAGCAAGCUCUGUUCUCCACACUCAGUUAUCACCUUCGGUUAGAGUGUCACUUGGAUGGAGUAGAGAGAGGUCAGGAGAAGAAACUCACAUUGACCUAACAUUUUUAUAAGUGUUUACUUUCAGAUUACUGCAUAGCUUUAAAGGUUCUGAUUGAAAUCUAAUUAUAUGCUGUGGCUGAUUACAAGGAUUAAAAUAGUAUCACAGGAAAUUCAAUUUAAAUGGUUAUGGAAGCACAAGUUUUGAAACAGUUUAAAAUGCAAGGACAUUUCGAGAUGCUAGCAAUUUAGAGAUACUAAUUAAAGGUCAGGAUGUACGUAGGCUAUUUGAAAAAUAUAAUUGUCUUUUUUGCCAAGAUAUUUCCUCAUAUUCACAUUAUUAAAUGUAGGCAAAAGUAUCGAUAUUUUUCCUGCAUUGUUUGAAAUUGCACGUGUGGAACUGAAUAUGCCAAUUGUUCUAUGAUCCAGAAAAUAACCAUGUAUUAUAUACACAGAAAACCAAGCCAUUCUGAAUCUGGAUAGAUAUACCACAUGUAAUACUGUCUCAGUUAAUCAAUUAUAAACAAACAUACAAAAUGUAAUGGUUUUUCUUAGUUAAACAAUUGGUAACGUUUAGGCAUUUUGCUGUGGGAGGUUGCGGGGGUUGGUGUAAGUAUGCACGUGAUCAGGCUUGUGUUCAAUCUUUCCAAUUAAAAUUCACAGAACCAUUUGCAAGACA